UUUCGUUCACGUGAUCAAAACAUAAUCAUGGCGGUCACCGCUGGAGUUCGGUCGAGCGUGGGGCUGACUUUGAGACUUUCUAGAGUUAUACCAGAUUGUAGCACAUGUCCUUUCAACAGGUUGAAUAGUUAUUUGAAUGGUAUAGCUCGUUCGUCGAAUGUUGAUCGUUUUCGGACGUUGAACCGACACUUGCAGACAUCCAAAGGUCUGUACCAAAGUGAGGCGGGUGCAAGUGCAGAAGACCCAAAAGAAGAGGUGGUGAAUGUGGUGUACAUAGAUAGAUCAGGACAGAGGAUUCCAGUGAAGGCCAAAGUGGGAGACAAUGCAAUGUACCUGGCCCAUAGGCACAACAUUGAACUGGAAGGAGCUUGCGAGGCAUCACUAGCUUGCUCAACGUGCCACGUGUAUGUGAACAGAGACCAUGUCGACAAGCUGCCAGAGCCUGACGAAAGAGAGGAUGACAUGCUGGACAUGGCCCCAGCGCUACAGGAGAACUCCAGACUUGGCUGUCAGAUCAUCCUCACCCAGGAGCUGGAGGGCAUCGAGCUUACCCUGCCUAAGGUCACCAGGAACUUCUACGUGGACGGCCAUGUUCCCAAACCACACUGAGGAUACUACACACUAGCACCCUACUUAGUGUGAAGCAAUGUAUUGGGCAUGGAUGCUAAAGUAGUAUGGAUGUUUACACUCUACACUAGCACCCUACUUAGUGUGAAGCAACGUAUUGGGCAUGCAUUCUAAGUAGUAUGCUAGUAUGGAUGUUGGAACACGGCCCCUCAGGACUGAGUCGUAAGAGAGAGAGUCGCUUGAAGGUUCCCUCCCAAGUCAAGAAUGCUCUUACAUAUCCACAUGACUGUGACCGUAGACAACAGCUAUAUACGAGUCACUGGCUGCAUUUAGACAGCGCCCCUGAUGGGAUUGGUCAAAAGACCAAUUAGUGGAAAAAAUAUCAGAAUUGGGCUGCCUGUGUAAACGCAGCCUCUGAAGUGUGUUGUAUAUGGCUCACACUGAAAGUAAUGCUGAUUGUGGAAGAGUUAGAUGGUUUUCAGCAUUCAUGUAUAAAUAUGUCAUGUGUAUAGAAGAGUUCUCAGGCCAAGAUUGAGAUGUCUAUCAAACCGUACAAUGUCACAGACAGUUCUAUGUUUCAUAGUAACCGGAGUCAGCAUUUCAGAAAGGCCUGUUGUCAUUGCUACGCAAAUAACUUUGUGUCCUUGAAUAGAACAUUCCAUGUUACAACUCAUUUACAAAGGUCAACAUACACAUCUCAGGUGGAGCUUCCAAAUAGUCUUGUCUCUACAAUAACAGCACUCGCAUACAGCUAAUGAACAGGAUGUUAUGUGUACGUAUACAUGGCUUUCACCAUUAUAUCUACCUUGGGACAGUUUCUAGGAAUUUUACUGUUGUGGGUGUGUGGUGACUAGUCAAGACCGUAACAAGCCCAUCCAUAACACUGAAAGCCCUUUCCCUACAUCAAGCCUGUCAGGAAUCAUUAAUCGUCUCUGAUGUAGCACUUUUGCAGUGUGUUUUGUAAGCAGAGGGCAGCUUGAGAUCGAUUGGAAUGGAAAGGGUUGAAUCUGUUAGAUAACUAAUGAUGCCAAGGAGAUACUUGGACUGCGUUCACACAGGCAGCCUCAUUUUGAUAUUUUUUUCCAAUCACAGAUCUUUGCACAUCAAAGCUGAUCUGAUUGGUCAAAAUGCAGCCUAAACCAUUUUAAACUGACAGAUUCAUUUUGUCCAAUUCCAAAGUCAUUUCUGUUUCUGUCCAUCCAUACCCAGUAAUGAUUUGCCUUGUCAAUUCACCGUUAGUCUCAUAACUGUCCAUCAAAAACACCUGUAUCCAGUAUUAGUUGGCUCCUUUAUGAACCUGGAAUGCUUUCACUUGUACUGUAAUUAAUGUGUCUGUCAUACGCACAAGACGUGUAGGUGUAUUAUGUAUAUAUGGUAUAUCUCAAAUUUGCAAGUCUAUUUUAGAUUUGUGCAAUAAAAAUACCAAAAGUU